AUGGCGUCCUCGCCUUCCUCAUCCGCGCCGGAUACCGGUAACAAGACAGUAAAUGGAAAUAUGUCAACAAGAAGAAAUGCAGGCGCAUCAGCUGCACUUUUUUCUGUCUCGAACAAAGACGUAGGAGCUAAGAGACAGUUUGUUGAACCUGAAGUUAUUGCUCUAAAUGAAUUAUUGGACACUUUUCCAAGCGAAAUCGACGACACGCAAGUAAGCCACGACCAGAAACACAAACGUAAGAAGAUACAAGGUACUGAUGCUAAAGAGGCAGCUGUUUAUAGCCACAAGAAGCAGCAAAAGGAGAAGAAAAACGAGGAGACAGAAGAAGAAGAAGAAGAAGAAGGACAAAAAGGGGCGUUAAUAAUGUCUGAUACGGUACUUGCGCCAACAAGUCGACAGGGAUUGACUACUACAGGCUCGAGAUAUACUGGAGGACAGAUAAAACUUACGGACUUGGUACAACGUGUGCGUAAUUUAGAGAGAGACAAUCUGCAUUUGAAGCAGGCUUUAUUGUUGGGGAAAAAUGCUACAGGACGGAAAACAUCUGGAACUUUUGCGGCAUUGGGAAGUUUAAACAAUUUAGGAGCUCUAAGCAGUUUAGCCGGCUUGAGAAACAUGGGAGAAAGGAGAACACUGAAAGCGGAGGAACGUGUCACUGUGGAGAGACUUUUGGCAGAGAGAACUAGAGUCGUGACGGAGAUGGUGGAACAUCUGAAUGCUGCUUUUUUGAGUCUAGGAGAUGCCUCAAGGGUGUGGCAUGAAGAUUGUCGUAUCAGUGCUGGUGUCCGAGAGUGGGAUGCCUUUGGACGUUUGCAGACUAUUAGUCUGUGGAAUAUGAUACGCUCAGUGUUCAAGAGCAUUGUGGUUGAUAUUGUAGAGCUUCGACCACAUCUUCCGGAUGGUGAGAUGAUUCUGACCAAGUGGCGCAUUCAGGGUGAAAUCGCCUCGGCGCAACAUCUGGAGCGCGUGUGCGCGUCGGAGGACUGCCCGGCGACUAUGCGCGUAGCGCUUCUGGCAAUCAAGUCGUCGGAUUUGACGUUCACAGUUACCACGUACGUUGUAUUCCACGAUCUGCUUAUUGCUGAGCAGCAUCAUUGCUGGGACCAGGUUGGCGUGUUCAAGCGGCUCUUCGGUGGCGAGAUCCCGUUAACGGUACGGAACAUGCUGGUCAUCGAUGAGGAUACGGUUGCGGGCCGCAAGCAACCGCUUGCCGUGUAA